GGAAAGGGCCGACAUUACUUUUUUGAAAGGAAUCUCAGGUCUUCUGUUACGUGUUUUUGGAAUAACGACCCCGACGCUGACGAGCGGUUGUGCGUUUUGGAGAGGGCAGGGGCGCCGCAGACGCAGCAGCAGCGCAGUCUGUUUGGAGCCACCGGUUGAGAUCAUUCAACACUCUGAGCACUGACUGUCUGAGCGGAUGGUGUGAUACAAAUCGACGACCUCCGCCUCCCCGAAUUCGUCCUAAACAAACAAUGGACAUCCUCCUCGGCCCUCUAUGUAGCCACAAAAGCGUCGGAUGAGUGAAAUCGGAGAUGCUGCGCACCACGGCCAAAAUCCUGGAGCUUUUUUGAACAGGACUGUGGGUGUGUGCGCGUCGGGCUCGCCGUUACCUCCGGACUGCACUCGCCAACUUCCCCCGCUUUCCAUCAAGUCAUGUCUGUUACAGAGCGAUGGGCAAGUUUGACGACAACGAGAGGAUAAUCCUCAACGUCGGGGGCACCAGGCACGAAACCUACAAAACCACCCUGAAGACCCUGCCGGGGACGCGUCUGGCCCUGCUCGCCUCCGACUCGGACAUCGACUCCGUGCUGGAUCAGCUGCAACAAGUCCCCGGCUUCAUCGAGUACAACGCGCGGACCAACGAGUACUUCUUCGACCGCCACCCGGGUGUCUUCGCCUACGUGCUCAACUAUUACCGCACCGGGAAACUCCACUGCCCGGCGGAUGUGUGCGGACCGCUGUUUGAGGAGGAGCUCUCCUUCUGGGGCAUCGAUGAGACGGACGUGGAGCCCUGCUGCUGGAUGACAUACCGGCAGCACCGGGACGCGGAGGAGGCUCUGGACGUGUUUGAGCUUAACGUGGACAACGGGGACGAGGACGACGAGAUAGGGAAGAGGCUCGGCAUUGAGGACGUGGCUGCCGACGGUAAUGUCAGCCUGUGGAGGAAGUGGCAGCCGGUGAUCUGGAAUCUUUUCGAGGAUCCCUACUCCUCCAGAGCGGCGAGGUUUAUUGCCUUUGCAUCUUUGUUCUUCAUUCUGGUCUCCAUCACCACCUUCUGCUUGGAGACUCAUGAGGCUUUCAACACCAUCAUCAACAAGACUGAGGCGAUGCGGAACAGCAGCGUGCCAGAUUCGGGCCCACAAUAUGAGAUUGAAACUGAUCCUGCACUCACAUACGUGGAGGGUGUUUGCGUGUUCUGGUUCACCAUCGAGUUCCUGGUGCGUGUGACCUUCUGCCCGGUCAAGUUGGAGUUUAUUAAGAGUGUUCUCAACAUCAUCGACUUUGUGGCUAUCCUGCCUUUCUAUUUGGAGGUAGGGCUGAGUGGCCUUUCUUCAAAGGCUGCCAAGGAUGUGUUGGGCUUCCUCAGGGUGGUGCGCUUUGUUCGGAUCCUGCGUAUCUUCAAGCUAACACGUCAUUUCGUGGGACUAAGGGUGCUAGGCCACACAUUACGGGCCAGCACCAAUGAAUUCCUGCUGCUCAUCAUCUUCCUAGCGUUGGGAGUGUUAAUUUUUGCCACCAUGAUCUACUAUGCCGAACGAAUUGGCGCUAAGCCCAAUGAUCCCACAGCUAGCCUCCACACCAAGUUCAAGAACAUCCCCAUUGGCUUCUGGUGGGCCGUGGUAACCAUGACAACACUGGGCUAUGGCGACAUGUAUCCAGAGACCUGGUCAGGCAUGGUUGUGGGCGCAUUGUGCGCCUUGGCAGGUGUGCUGACGAUAGCCAUGCCUGUGCCUGUUAUCGUCAAUAACUUUGGGAUGUACUACUCCCUGGCCAUGGCCAAGCAGAAGCUGCCCAAGAAGAGGAAGAAACACAUCCCUCAGGUGCAGGGAGGGUCCCCCACCUACUGCAAAGCAGAUCUCAACACCACCUGCAACAGCACGCAAGGUGACCUGUGCCUCGUAAAAGGGAGCAGGGUACUAGAACGCAACCGCUCAGUUCUCUCAGCAGAUUGCAGCGGAGGCAGUGACCUGACCAUGUCUCCAGAUGAGAGGGUCCCCAUGCGAAGGUCCAGCACCCGGGAACAGGACCGCCGGAGUGGGGGGACGUGCUUUCUGCUCGCUGCUAGUGACUACAGCUGCCCUGCAGAUGGGGGGCUACGAAAAACAGAUCACUGCAAAGAGGUUGUCUUUACUGGUUUCACACAAGCAGAGAGCAGUGUUCUAUCUUAAUGGCCUGCGGAAAGGCACCACCAUGGCGGAAAGACAAUUCAUUUCCUAUUUGAAUGGCGAUGGGAUAAGUCAUCAUUGUGAGGACCUAUUCCAGUGGGAGGACCCCAUUUGGAGCCACAAGGCCACUCCUACAGGACAAUAAGGACGAGGAGGCAUGUAAAACCACUGACUGACAGCGGCCUAGCCAACGGCUCAGUGAGCAAGAAAGGAACUUAAUGACCUGAAGGGAAUCCUAGGAGGACUUUCAUAAGAAUUUAACUUUUCCCGAUGUUUCUUUUUGUUUUUCUGUUUUGGUACUGUGGAGGGGGGAAAGGAUAGCAAAGCAAACUGGAUACAUCCUUAAAAGAGACUAUCUACUGUAUAGAUAUUGCUCCUGUAAAUAAGAAAACAACACAGCACAUCUGGGCUAAGCAGCUCUGUCCACACAUCUGUCUUAUGAUGGUGAGUCAGGUAACAAGGUGGUUGGUUGGUAAGUUGCACCGUGACACUCUAAGUCAAUCACUUUUCUUGCUGUGGUAUCCCUCCUCGCAAUAAGUGUACUAAGAUGUAUCGGUUGAGGCACUUUGUGUUCUAAAAAUGGAGUGUAUUCAUAUAUGAAAUUCUACAUACAGUAUAUACAGUACAGAGAGACAAACAUGCUAAGUUGAAUAAAUGUGACAUUAUGGUCAUCUCUGCUUUGUUUCCCUUGGUAAUUUUCGGUAGGUAAAUUGCUCUGCUGUGUGUUAAUGUGUGUGUGUGUGUAUCCUAAAACUCCAGGGUAAGAUCUGCAGUUUGAAAGGCCAGGUUAGCGGAUACCAACGAGUGGACUGUCACUCUUCCAGUUAGUUUUAGCACAAACAUGAAUGAGACAGAGUUCCCCUGCAGUCGCCAUUGUAGAAGUCCCCCCCCCCCGGGGUCGUGCAUUGAACAUGCAACUGCCCUGCGUUUGUGCUGCAGACGUUUGUCUCUUCACAAACCAAAUUAUUCUUACCAGACUAUUCCUCAUAACUCCUGGUGGCUACAAAAAACUGCAUAACUUGAUUCUUCCAAACUUUUCCCCUUGUGGGGGUGGAGCAAAAGUGUAGCAGAAGUUUACCAAGUUAUAAAGCUGGACUUCUAGAAUGGCUACAUCUGCACAGUAGCAAUCCUAUGUACCCAAACAAUCAGAUCGGAUUUGCAAUAAGCACCCGAAAACAAAAAGCGCCGAUCCACACUGUGAUUUCAGCAGCCCAUUAAAACGAGACGGCAGAAGGAAAACAGAGUGAAAAUGCAGCUCUACAAGCUGAUAGAAAGGACUGGCAGGUGGCCCAACGUAUGUGUCAUGUUGGUUGCGACCUGCACAGUUGUUGGCUAGCUGUCAAGUGUCACCCUGUACCCACAAUCCUCCUCGUGUAGUACACAACGCUGCUUUACUCUUUGAAUUGACAAAGGGGUACCGUUCUAUGUGUAUUUUUAGGAUGACGUAACUUGAAAAAAGGUGUUUAUUUUUUUGAAUCCAGAACAUGUAUUUUGUGUCUUACU